CGCGAAGGGUUGACUUUAUUAGACCUUAUUUGUCCGAUAGCUGCGUUGGGGGUCGCGCGGCUGAGUUAUGGCUGGAAAAAAGUCCUGCGAACUGGUCGUGGUCACCAAUGGUGACCACAAUGAUGACCUCGGAGGCCAGCAACUGUAUUCGAGCACCAACAGUGAGAACAAUCCGUCGGACGAGGAAAUGUGUAGUGAAUACGAGAAACAUCAAGUUUUUGACUAUGUCCCAGCGCAAAAAAGACUCAUGGAAAGAAUGAAUCAAAUUCUUGGAGAACAGCACUCUAAAAAGUGCAUGGCUGAUUAUCUGAUCUGCGGCGGCACCGGCUACGUCCCUGAAGAUGGACUCACCGGCGCCCAACUCUUCGCCAACGGCGACGGGUUGACCUAUAAUGAUUUCAUCAUCCUGCCAGGCUUCAUUGAUUUCGCCGCUGAUGAAGUGGACCUAACCUCUGCCUUGACCAAGAAAAUAACCUUGAAGGCCCCUUUGGUGUCUUCACCCAUGGACACAGUGACGGAAUCGGAGAUGGCCGUUGCUAUGGCUUUGUGCGGUGGCAUUGGCAUUAUUCAUCACAACUGCACACCCGAGCACCAAGCCAAUGAAGUUCUCAAAGUGAAAAAGUACAAGCAUGGCUUCAUCAGGGAUCCCGUCGUCCUCAGUCCAAAUCAUGCGAUCUUGGAUGUUUUGGCUGUCAAAAAGGUGCACGGUUUUUGCGGCAUCCCUAUCACGGAGAACGGCAAACUGGGUGGAAAACUGUGCGGCAUUGUGACUUCUAGGGACAUAGACUUUCUGGAGGAGCAUCCCAACCCGAACCUUAAACUCGAAUCUGUGAUGACCAAACUGGAGAACUUGGUUACUGCCAGGUCUGGUGUCACUCUCGAGGAGGCCAACAGCAUUUUGGAAAAGUCCAAAAAGGGCAAGCUGCCAAUUGUGAACGACGCUGGCGAGUUGGUUGCGCUGAUAGCGAGGACUGACUUGAAGAAAUCGAGGAGCUAUCCCAGUGCUUCCAAGGAUGAAAACAAACAGCUUCUUGUUGGAGCAGCUAUUGGCACAAGAGACGAUGACAGAGCUAGACUGCAGCUGUUGGCUGCCGCUGGUGUUGAUGUCGUUGUUUUGGACUCGUCUCAGGGCAACUCCGUAUACCAAAUUGAUAUGAUUCGUUUCAUCAAGCAGACUUAUCCCAAUCUUCAAGUUGUCGGUGGAAAUGUUGUCACUGCGGCGCAAGCCAAAAAUUUGAUUGAUGCCGGAGUUGACGGUCUGCGAGUUGGCAUGGGCAGUGGAUCCAUCUGCAUUACACAGGAGGUUAUGGCAGUUGGUCGUCCCCAGGGCACUGCGGUUUACAAGGUGGCUGAGUACGCACGCAGAUUUGGAGUUCCCGUUAUUGCCGAUGGAGGCAUUCAAUCUGUGGGACACAUCAUUAAGGGGCUUGCAUUGGGUGCCUCAACAGUGAUGAUGGGAUCCCUAUUGGCUGGCACUUCUGAAGCUCCAGGAGAGUAUUUCUUUUCGGAUGGUGUGAGGCUUAAGAAGUACCGUGGCAUGGGCAGCUUGGAAGCCAUGGAUAGGAAAGAUGCCAAGGGUGGUGCCAUGGACAGAUACUUUCAUUCUGAAAUGGAUAAACUGAAGGUUGCUCAGGGAGUGAGUGGCUCUAUUGUGGACAAAGGCUCUGUUCUGCAGUUCCUUCCAUAUCUGCAGUGUGGAGUCCGUCAUGGUUGUCAGGACAUUGGAGCUCGCAGUCUCUCUAUUUUGAGGUCAAUGAUGUAUUCUGGAGAGCUGAAGUUUGAACGUCGCACUCAGUCUGCUCAGAUGGAGGGAGGCGUUCACGGCCUGUUCUCUUACGAGAAGAGGCUUUACUGAUGCCACCAAAACUUGGCAACUCUCAAGAACGUGGGCGAGUCGUCAGCUAAGAAAAUCAAACAGUAUCCUUUCAAUUGAGACGCUCGAUGUCUGAAAGAAUUUUUCGGCCGAUGACAACACACUUACAAAAACUUGCCUCUUGCCACUCAACAAUGAGCGCACAACUCUUGUGUGAAUCUAAACUUGGAAUCUGCUACGUAAAAAGUGAGGGACCAUCCUUGACAGAAUAUAAAUUUGAACCUCCUUAAAUGUACUUACUACACGCAAUCUACACUGAUGUAACAAGAAAAUUAUUACUAUAUAUAUAUUUAUACUGGUGGAGUUUAUUCACAAGAUCUGUGCAUGGAUGGUUAUUUUAAUAUAAGGUGAUAGAGGAAUUUGCUUUUUUUAUUGAUGAAUCAGAAAUUAUAUUUUUGCAAGAUUUUCUGGUAUUUUUCAAAACAUUUGAGAACUUUUUUAUUUUACAUUAGGUGUUGAUGAGCUGCUUGAAACUGUAUUUAAUGAAUUCAGGUGAAUUCAUAAUAGGUACUUGCUAGGUUUUGGUAGAUAUGUACUUUGUAAGUUUGAUUCUUGAGAUUACAGUAAAGGCAAAAAAAUCUCUGUGUUGAAUCCUGUACUUAAAACUCAUGAAAGGUACAAUGCAAAUCAAUUUUACUUUCCCAGUCCCCCUCUAGUUGUGAUUGAAAAAUUGUGCUUGGGACUGCAGGUGCCAAAUGAAAGAAAUUUAUCAUUUUUGAAAGUGUAACAUUCCCUGAUUUAAUCAAUCAAUUAAAUGAUAAUUUUUGUACCGUCAUCGUUCACUACAUGAAUUAAAAAAAGUGUCAUAAUAUGAUUUAUAAAAAAAUAUGCGAUGUAUUGCAAUGUAUCAUGUGAAAUUAAACUGAAUUUAAUUGAAUAAUUCUGAUUUUAUAUAC